GCUGGCGUGCACAGUUCGCAGUUCGCAAUACGCAGUUCGAAACGGUUCUCGGCUCGUCGACGGUCGCGCGUUUGCUUGGCGUGCCAAAAAGCAAGAAGCAGAAGCUGACGCAGAGCACCAAACAGCAUUGAAAAUAAAAUUUUGCCAAAUCAAUUCAAAAUUGGUUUUUUCAAUCGCAACGCGAGGAAAUGAGACACGGCAUACAACUAACAGCCAAAUAAAAUAACAAAUAAAUCAAAACAAAAUACCGUAUGUGUUGUCGAUACUUCGUAUGUAUGUAGCAACCCACAAUCAAAUAAAAUACAAUACAAAAAGUGCGUGAAUAAUCAACUGUAGACAAGUUCUAUAAUACAACACAUACAUAUAUAUCUAUAUAUAUAUAACGAUCAAAGUGCAGCAGAGAGCACGCUCUCAACAAAUAUACGCCCCUUGGAAGUAAUUAUAUCAAAGAAAGCAAGAGAGAGAGGCGCAGCAUCAACAAUAUAACAACAUGCUGAUGCACACCACUUCGACCACAUCGACGGCCACGAUGACCAACUCAUCCUCGUCGGCCACGCCCACGCCGGGCUCGACAUCGUCCAACAACAGCGCCACGCGGGAGACGCUGCAACAGCAGCAGCAGCAACAGCAGCAGCAACUGCAGCAGCAACUGCAGCAGUUGCAUACGACAACUCACAAUUCGCGCCCGCCAUCUCGGGCGCCCUCCAUACUGGACAGUCCGACGCUGGCGCGUGUAGAACGCGCGCGUCUGCGUCUGGAGCAGCAGGAGCGUGAACGCGAACGCAGCAGCCAGCGCAGCAGUCAAGGAGGCUGCGGCAGCGUUAGCGGUGGCGGGGGUGGCAGCAGCAGUGGCACUGGCAGCACAGCGACGACCAUGAAUCGUGAGGAUAGCCUGGAGCGCAGCAUAUUGGAUCCAAAGAAAGACGCGGCGCCCUGGCAUCAGAUGUGGACGCAUAUGAAACGCCUAUCGCACGCCUCCAAAGUCAACUCGACGAGCAGUUUGACUGCACAGAAAACAGACGUGGGCGUUGGCCAUCAUCACCUGACAGCAAACAACAUUACAACAAACACAAACACAACAACAACAGCAACAACACAAAUAGGAACAGCAACAACAACCAUUAAUGGUGGCACAAGCAGAGGAACUAUGCCAGGGAAAUGCAUAUUAUUCCCGGAUAAGACGUCCUCAUUGAAAAGCUCCAUGUAUACGCAACAGGUGUACUUCAGGCCCGAUAUGCAAUCGCUGCUAGCGGGUCGCAUACCUGUGGCCUCCAUGACGGGACCCAUUAAGCGCGGACUGCUGUGGCAGCAACGGGAUCGUCUCUUCUCGCGCUGGAAGGAACGAUACUUUGUGCUCACCCGCGACUAUUUGCAUUGCUUUAAACGUGCCUCGGGUUCGGCCAACGAACGUGCCUCGGAUAUGGGACAAUUCAUAUUUAAGGUCAAGCUGGUCGACGUGGAGAAGGUGGAAUGGCUCAAUAGGCGCUCGUAUAGCGCCAUUGGGCUGCUGCUGGGACGCGAGGGUCGUGUGCUAUUGCGAUGCGACGAUGGCCUCGAGGAUUGGUUCGAGCUGCUGGAAGAAUGCACGCUGACCUCCAAGGAGCGUCGUCGCGCGUUGAAGAUCGCCCAGGGACCCAGAUCGCGCGCUUCUCUGGCCGCGCCUGUCUCGCAUGCCUCGCUGCAGUUCCAACACUUUGGCCUAGGCAGCACCUACUCCAGCGCCCUGGACGAUUGGCUGAUGACAAAUGGCUCGGCGAGUGGUGGCGGCCUGGCUCGCCACAAAAUUGGCGCUGGCAGCCUGAAUGGCUAUGCGGGUGCCAAUCCGUUUCUGUUCAGCGAUUCAGUGCCCGAUCUGAGUGCCCUAAACAAUGAGAAUCACAAUCAUCAUUUGAGCGGCAUCUCAACGAAUCACUCCACGCCGCAAAAGAUACCGCACCACAGCAAUGCGAAUCUGAGUCGUUACUCGAAUGGCUAUGCCUCGGCGCAGAACAGCUUUACCCAGGCUGGUGGCGUUUUGUAUGGCUCGCCACGACGCAUUUUCAUCAACAGCAGCUUCGGAUCCAAUCAGGUGGUGGACGAGGAGACCGCCGAGGAGGCCGAGGUGCAGUUGCGUCGCCCAAGACUUUUCCGCGGCAUCAGCGCCCAGCCGGACAAUGGCAACGAACUGGACAAAGAUUGGCUCUAUCGCAAACCUCGUGCGCCCACCGAUAUGCGCCAUUCAGUUCAACCCAUGCUGCCCACUCACAAUGCAAAUGGCGGCAGCACUGCUGGCCUGGCUAACAACAAACAGGAGCUGGACUGUUCGGCGCAUGACAGCGGCCUGGAUACACCGCCAUCCACGCAUCGCCCCUCCAGCUAUCGUGAGGCAGCCAGCCGCGACAGCACCGAGACGAACGGCAGCUCGUCGCGUGGCACGCUGCUCAACAAUUCGCCCGGCGGCAGCUUUCGCGCCAAGAAGCUGAGCGCUCAGGUGAACAAUCUGAAUCAGUUGAAUGCCUUGCACGGUUCGCGCUACUCAGUGCAGGAUCAGCGCAUAUUGAAGAUGCGCAACAAUGAGGAGGAGCGCUGUGCGUCCAUUAAGCUAGCCAAUCGGUUGAAUCACAAUCACGAGCCGAACACCAACGCCUACGAUCCCAAUCAGAAUCGCUACUAUAAGAAUGGCAAUGCCACGCCUCCCAUCUCACUAACGCCCCAGCAUACGCCACAGCACAAAGUCAUGCACCACAGCAACGGCAAUGGCAACGGCACGCUCAACGGCAACGGCGGCGCCGGCAUGAACGGCUCGGCCAUAUUCCGCGAGCGCUACCAGCAUCCAGCACUGGCGGCCAUCAUCAACGAGGCGCAGGGCCUCAAGUUUCGAGAACGUGCCCACUCGGAUAGCCAACAGCGCCGCCUGAACAACAACAACAACGGGCCGACGCCAGUGCCCGCCUCACCGCUGGCCCAGCGACGCAACAACGUCCCCAUUUUCGGAACGCCCACGCGCGUAUAGCGGUUAAAAGUCUAAAGACGGACUAUAUGUAAUAUGAGGUCAUCGAACACAUCAAUAUAUACAUUACCACUAGCCCAAUAAGUAGCCUAAUGUUUAAGUGAAAUUAUAAAAUUAGUCAACCGAUAAUACUUGAAUAAAGGACAAAAACACCCAGAAAAUGAUAAAUAUAAGACACUAUGUAAAAUAUAUAAUCUGUAGACCUUAAAUACAGCGACUUUACAGCGCUUGGUUAGAACAUGCCAGCGAAUCAUAAUAGCAAACAAUAAUAUACAUAUACAUAGUCUAAAGAUCUAGAUAAAAUUACAAUCUUCUAGUAGUUUUAGUGUGCUAUAUUGUCCAGCUUUAUCGAAUCAGAAAUAUUGUCUAGAGCAACAUCUCUAUUAGUAUUUGGGAGGACUAGAUGAGAAUAUAUAUUCUAAAUUUCCAACGACCUUAGCUGGGAAGGCAUUGCUAUAUAUUUUCAUAUUUCUUGAAACUUUUGAUAAGUAAAAUCUUCUUUAAAUAAUAAUAAUUAAAUUUUUCGUUCUGUCAAUUAAUUCUUCAAAUUAUAUUAAUGGCUAAUCUAUCUAUUGUUGUUGCAUUCCCAGAAUAUCCCGUGAUAUUAAUUGUGGAAGCAUUAUCUUCUAG